CGGUGGGGUUGGCGGUAGCCCCGCCCACUUGGCUGCGCGUGCGCAGACGCUGCGGGAGGCGGCAGUAUGAGCUCCACGGUCCUUUCGGGGUCUUUGGUGGCCUCCCUCUGGAGAGCAACAAGAUUCUCCCUUCUGAAUCAUUCUUUGAGGAAGGUGAGUUACAGAGAAGGAAAAUCUGAACUUGGGAAGCAACCUCUUAAGAAGUCCAAGUUGCCAGUCGGUCGUUUUGAUGCGCCCGAGGACUCGAACUUGGAGAGGGAGCCACUCAAGAAGUUUCCAGAUGAUGUUAAUCCAGUUACCAAAGAAAAAGGUGGACCCAGGGGCCCGGAGCCCACACGCUAUGGGGACUGGGAACGGAAAGGACGCUGUAUCGACUUUUAAGUCACAUUCUUUAACUGCAGAAUCAUUUUCUGAAUGGCUUACUUCACAUUGUUCUUUCUCUAUAUCCUUUAAGCCAUGUGAUGUUCAUCGUGUGUUUUAAAAUACAUGACAGCUGUGAAGCUAUAUCUAGGAAGUGGAAACACUUGUCCAUUUGCACAUGUUAACUUUAAGUGUGUUGGGGUAGAGAGAGCUGCAAGCCUUUGCCAUGAUCUUUAUCGAUUCAGUCAGUUGCUUAUAAAAUGCACAUGUAAAUAAAUAAUUUUUAAAGAUUGUCUUUA